UAUAUUGUUUAUGUUGUAUUUAUUUUUCUCCACUAUGAAACAACACAACUGAACUUGCUUUUCUAGCUUUACUCUCAAACGCAUCAGUCAAAUCUACAACCCUCCCAGUUUCACAUCUCCACUAAACAAGAAAACCCUUUUCAGGUGAAAUCAAGUCCACUAAUGCAUGUACACAUUAGAGAAGGGCAUUGAAACAGUGUGAUUUCUGCUAGAGCUUGACUAGUCAUCUUCUAUGCUGUGCUGUGUAACAGAAAAUAUGGGUUUACUCUGUAGCAAAAGUCGCCGUUAUAAUGAUGCCAAUGCCGAAGAAAAUGCACAGACUGCAGAAAUUGAAAGAAGAAUAGAGUUAGAAACAAAGGCUGAAAAGCAUAUUCAGAAACUUCUACUUCUAGGAGCUGGUGAGUCAGGGAAAUCCACUAUAUUUAAACAGAUAAAACUUUUAUUUCAAACUGGCUUUGACGAGGCAGAGCUAAAAAGCUAUCUACCAGUCAUUCAUGCUAAUGUAUAUCAGACAAUAAAAUUACUUCAUGACGGAUCGAAGGAGUUUUCCCAGAAUGAUGUUAAUUUUUCAAAGUAUGUUAUAUCCAGUGAAAAUAAGGACAUUGGCGAGAAGUUAUCAGAAAUUGGAGGCAGGUUAAAUUACCCGCGUCUCACCAAUGAACUUGCACAGGAAAUAGUUAGUCUGUGGAAGGAUCCUGCAAUUCAGGAAACAUAUGCCCGUGGUAACGAGCUCCAAGUUCCGGAUUGUACCCAUUAUUUCAUGGAAAAUUUACAGAGGCUGUCUGAUGCAAAUUAUGUUCCAACAAAGGAGGAUGUCUUGUUAGCAAGAGUUCGUACCACUGGUGUUGUAGAGAUCCAGUUCAGCCCGGUUGGAGAAAACAAGAAAAGCGGCGAAGUCUAUAGACUGUUUGAUGUCGGUGGCCAGAGAAAUGAGAGGAGGAAAUGGAUCCAUCUGUUUGAAGGAGUUUCAGCUGUAAUAUUCUGUGUUGCCAUUAGCGAGUACGAUCAAACUCUUUUUGAGGAUGAAAACAAGAACAGAAUGAUGGAGACAAAGGAACUUUUUGAGUGGGUCCUGAAGCAACAAUGUUUCGAGAAAACGUCCUUCAUGUUAUUUUUGAACAAGUUUGACAUAUUUGAGAAGAAGGUCCUAGAUGUCCCGCUUAAUGUAUGUGAGUGGUUCAAAGAUUACCAGUCAGUUUCAACCGGGAAACAAGAGAUAGAACAUGCAUACGAGUUUGUGAAGAAAAAAUUUGAGGAAUCAUAUUUCCAGAACACUGCUCCGGAUAGUGUAGACCGUGUGUUUAAGAUCUAUAGGACCACUGCUCUUGAUCAAAAGGUUGUGAAGAAAACAUUCAAGCUUGUGGACGAGACUUUGAGACGAAGGAAUCUCUUUGAGGCUGGCUUGUUAUGACCAGUGAGUGAUUGAACCAUAUUAUUAUUAUGUUAUAAGAGGGAUAAAAUAUUUUUACAGUGAAGAAGAGGUGAUGAGAUUUUGGGUAUACUAGAGGUCAGGUAUACUAAAACAUUAAAUCCAUUUGUUGAUUUUAUUUCUGUGUAAAAUCUUGUUGGAGAGUGAGUGGAUGGAGAAAGGCCUUUCUAUAUUGGGAUCUCCAUAUAAUACAUCUUCAAAGGGCAAAAUUUGUUGCUAUGAAGUUCCAAGAUUUCAUAUAAUGAUUUGUGAUUAUGUUUUUAUAGAUUGAUAAUCAGCAAUGAUAUGAAGUGUUUCAUAUAUCCUA